UCUGCAGAAGAAUCAUGGUCCUGGCUUUGCAAUCUGCUAAUCUAUUUUGGAUAUCCUGUUAAUUACUAUCAUCUAUCGGCUAUUAAUAAUUAACAAAUGGAAAACAAGUUGUGUCCUUGGCUUCCCUUUUUCUUUUUUCUCUCUAAUUUAAUCAUUUGAUUGCGUUUCUUAUCCCAUUUUCAUUUCCAACUCUUUGUCACCAUUCUUAAUUCAACUAAUUAAUUUAUUUCCUUUCCACAAACCCCAACAAAUCUGCAACCAAACCUUAAAGAGGGUCCUACCAUUUUCACUUUUAUUUUUUUAGUUUUCUUAAAGGAAAUUGUUUUGGCCUUUUUAGUUUUGCUCAUAAUACUUCUCUUGUUUUAGCUCUUUUACAGUCUCUCUCUCAUGCAGCUAUAUAAUGAAAGCUCUUUUGUUGUUAAAGGACAAAUCGUUAAUCAGUUGUUGACAGAGUUCCAUGCUAAUGUUCAUCAAGAUCUGUUAUUUCUUUUAUUAACUCACCUGCUUGAGCCACCCAUUUAGAAAGGUCUAAUGGACAUGACACCUGUAAGAUGUCUUGUCAACAGUAUCUCUCGAUUCAUUCUUCUAGUUUCAUGCCAGACCAGGAAACCUGCACCAAUUCAGAAGGAUUAUGGGAACAUGGUUACAGUUUUAAAGCAUUUGAAACCUGUGCUUGAUGAAAUCAUUGAUUGUAAAUUAUCUUCAGAUCAAAUCUUAUAUAAAGAAUGUGAAGAACUUGAUUUGGCCGUUAAUGGGGCUCGGGAUUUUAUGGAGAACUGGUGUCCGAAGAUGAGCAAGCUUUGUAGUGUUCAACAAAGUGAAGCCUUGUACAUGAAAAUCAGAAUCUCAUCGGUAAAGAUUUGUCACUUACUAUCAAGGUUGUUGCGAUCAUCGCCAUCCACUUCAAGUUUAACUAGUAUUCAGCACUGUAUGCAGGAGCUUCAAUCUUUGAAACAGGAAAUGAUGACAGAACAUAUAGAGGAGGCUGUAAGAAAUAAAAGAGAUGAAGUGGUUCCUUGUAGUGAUCCCCUUGUCAAAAUUAUUCAGUCACUAAGCUUGACAUCAGGCCAGGAAAUCUUGAAAGAAAGUGUGGCUGUGGAGAAGGAGAGAAUGAAUAUACAAGUAAACAAAGCAAAAGGGGACUUGGAUCAAAUCAAUCAAAUUGUGGAUCUCAUCUCUGAUAUACGUAAUUGCUUGCUUAAAAUUGAACGAGUCGACCCAAAAAGUGGAGUCCUGAUCCCCUCAUACUUUCGUUGCCCUUUAUCAUUGGAACUCAUGUUGGAUCCUGUGAUCGUGGCUUCAGGUCAAACUUAUGAGAGGGCUUCCAUUCAGAAAUGGCUUGAGCACGGGUUGACCAUUUGCCCAAAGACACGUAAAACACUGGCUCACUCAAAUCUCAUUCCCAAUUACACUGUAAAAGCUAUGAUAUCAAAUUGGUGUGAAGAAAACCAUAUAAGACCUUCCAGUAACUCUAAGCAAGAUGAUCUUAUAUCAGCCUCAGUCCCAGCAGAUGCUUUGCAGUGCUCAGAUAGUUUACAUUACUCUCUGCACAAUAGCAAUUCUAUAUCAAAAUCAUCUCUUGAAGGUGGAAAUGGAUUCGAGAAGCAAAGGGUUGUUUUCUUGUCUAAAUUAAGCAGAGAAGAACCCAAUGGAUAUCAAGUCCAGAAGAUUGAAAGCUUUGAGCGCCCAUCUCAUGAACUGUCAUAUAAUCACAGCAGGAGUGAAUCAACCUCCAGCGCCAUAUCCAGUAUAGAGUAUGUGCCUCCAAUAGCAAAUGAGGUAUCAAUGGUAUCUAGAAAACAUGAAAAGGUUAGUGAUUCGUCAGGCGAGAUCACAUCCGAGGGCCAUGCUGUUUUGCCAAACAAAGAAUCAGAGUUUUCUCCUUGGUUUCCUACAGACCAUUUUAGUAUUCCUAAAACGAAGGCAGAUGGCGAAGGCAAUGCAAACCAUAAACUCAACAGAACCCGUGCUGUUCCUUUUCUUGACUCAGGUUUUGAUGAUCUAACUACAACUUCUCAUGUUGAAUGUCUGAUUGAAGGUCUUAAAAGCCAAUCAAAUGAACUGCAAGCAACUGCUGCAGAAGAAUUACGCCUUCUUGCAAAGAACAAGAUGGAGAAUCGCAUCAUUAUAGGUCGCUCUGGAGCUAUUACACCUUUGCUUUCACUACUGUACUCAGGUGUAAAGCAAACUCAGGAGCAUGCUGUUACAGCUCUGUUGAACCUCUCAAUCAAUGAAGAAGUUAAAUCCAUGAUUGCAGAGGCAGGAGCACUGGAACCACUUAUUCAUGUCUUAAAAUCAGGAAAUGAUGGAGCCAAGGAGAAUUCUGCAGCAGCCCUGUUUAGUCUCUCUGUUUUAGAAGAAUACAAGGCAAAAAUUGGCUGUUCUGGUGCAGUCAAAGCCUUGGUGGAUCUUCUAGCCUCUGGGACUCUAAGAGGGAAAAAGGAUGCCGCCACUGCAUUGUUUAACCUUUCAAUCCUUCAUGAGAACAAGGCUCGUAUAGUUCAAGCUGGAGCUGUGAAGUAUCUUGUUGAGUUGAUGGAUCCUGCCACUGGAAUGGUUGAUAAGUCAGUUGCUCUUCUUGCAAACCUGUCAACUAUUGGAGAAGGGCGCUUGGCAAUUGCGCGUGCUGGAGGCAUCCCUUCACUGGUUGAGAUUGUUGAAUCAGGAUCUCAGAGAGGGAAGGAAAAUGCUGCCUCUGUAUUGCUGCAACUGUGCCUUAAUAGUCCCAAGUUUUGUACUUUUGUUUUGCAAGAAGGAGCAGUUCCUCCCCUUGUUGCCUUAUCCCAGUCUGGCACACUGAGAGCAAAGGAAAAGGCACAGCAGCUUCUCAGUCAUUUCCGUAAUCAGAGAGAAGGAUCCAUGGGAAAGGGUAAAUCAUGAAAAGAAUACAAAUUUUGUUUGAUUUUUUAAUACGUUUGUUGCCCAUCAGGGUUUUCAACAUAUUUUAGGUUGUAACUAUAUCUGUUUGUGUUUUAGUCUUCAUUUUUUUCCCAAGUAGGAGUUAGCGUGCUCAUUAGAUUUUAGUUUCCCAAAUAUUUGAGUGCAGUCAUUGAGGAUUUGUUCUUUUCUUUUUUGUGUUUUAGAAUACAAAAAUCAUAACUGCUUGGGUCCUAAGUAAUGUAUAUAUCCUGUAUAUACUAUCAAUAUGCUAUAAAAUAAGACAAUGCAUAAAUGUUCACAUUUUGAGGGUUCGUGCUUUUGCACAUGUAUCAAUAUGGACACUUUCCUUGGUAUGCAUCAUUCCUCUUUGGUUCA